AGUGUGGGCACCAUGUUCACGUUUUUGGCUCUCGUGUUCGCCGCUGUACUUUUGCUAUAUGUCAAGCUUCGCUGGCACUACGCCUACUGGAGGCGCAGGGGCGUGGCCGGCGAAACACCCGUAUAUUUCCGCGGAAAUAUGAGCGGAUUGGGUAAGGAGCUCCACUGGACGGAUAUCAACUGGCGGAUUUAUAAGAAAUUCAGUGGCACAGAGCGCUACUGCGGAUAUUUUACCUUCUUGAACAAAGCGCUGUUCGUCAUGGAUCUGGAGCUGGUCAGGAAAAUAAUGAUCAGUGAUUUUGGCAGUUUCGCUGAUCGGGGGCUAUUUCAUAAUGUCCGGGACGAUCCGUUGACGGGAAAUCUCCUAUUCCUGGACGGACCCGAAUGGCGCUGGUUGCGCCAAAACCUGACGCAGGUCUUCACCUCCGGCAAGAUGAAGCUCAUGUUCCCCAACAUGGUAGAGGUGGGUGAGAGGCUGGCGCAGGCUUGUCACCAGCAGAUCGGCGAGAUCGAGGCCAAGGAUCUGUGUGCCCGCUUCACCACGGACGUGAUCGGUAGCUGUGCCUUCGGUCUGGAGUGCAAUAGCCUCCAGGAUCCGGACUCGGAGUUCCGGCGAAUGGGACGAUCGGUGACCACGGAGCCUCUGCACUCAGUGCUCGUUCAGGCCUUCAUGUUCUCCCAACCGGCUCUGGCCAGGAUGCUGCGCAUGCGUCUGUUUCGUCCGGAGGUUAGUGCAUUUUUCCUGGACACCGUCCGCCAGACAUUGGACUACAGAAGGCGAGAGAAUAUCCAUCGCAAUGACCUGAUCCAAUUGCUCAUGGAGCUGGGCGAAGAGGGAGCCAAGGAUGCGUUGUCUUUCGAGCAGAUUGCGGCCCAGGCACUGGUGUUCUUUCUGGCCGGAUUCGACACUUCCUCCACCACCAUGUCCUUUUGUUUGUAUGAACUGGCCCUUAAUCCCGACAUUCAGGAUCAGCUACGUGUCGAGAUACUUGAUGUCUUGAGCCGCAACAACCAGAAGCUCACCUACGAAUCCGUUCAGGAGAUGCCGUAUCUGGAUCAAGUGGUGUCCGAAACCCUGCGAAAGUACCCCAUACUGCCGCAUCUAUUGAGACUAUCCACCAAGGAAUACCUGGUGCCCGAUAGCAACUUAACAUUAGAGCCGGGAACUAAGAUAAUGAUACCUGUGCAUAGUAUUCACCACGAUCCAGAGCUGUAUCCAGAUCCAGAGAAGUUCGAUCCCAGUCGCUUCGAGCCGGAGGAGAUCAGGGCCCGUCAUCCGUUUGCAUACUUGCCCUUUGGCGAAGGUCCUCGCAAUUGUAUAGGCGAACGCUUUGGCAAGUUGCAGGUGAAGGUGGGUCUUGUCUACCUCCUGCGUGACUUUAUGUUCAGCAGGUCCAAGCAAACACAGAUUCCCCUUAAGUUUUCCAGUCGCACAUUUCUUAUAUCGACUCAAGAGGGAGUUAAUCUACAUAUGGAAAGAGUGGCCGCGCCCUAGACAUUCUAUAUUUU